AUGACGGUCAAGACCUCUGAUCUCAUCGGGGCUGCUAUCGUCACUUCGUUGUUUCUCGCUGUGAUUUUCUUCUUCUCGGCGGGGCAUCGUAGAGUCGGGGAAAAGUUCGGGAAGGAGUCCGAUAAGCUGAAAAACCGAGGAUUCGAGUUGACCAGUGAUGGAGUCAGGAUCCGAACGAACAUCGAUCUCUCUCAAGAGGAACUCGUUCAACGCGCUUCUCAUCAGGCUCAAGUCGUCAAAGACAAAGUCCAUAACCAGCCCGGUUUCGUAAGCUUCGGCCAAAAAAGAUUCACCAGUUAA